AUGCGCAUAAAUUUAAAAUUAGUUAUCGGGAAAAGAAUCGAUCCGAAAAUAGGUUCGGCCGCACUCGUGCUCGGUUGGCUGAUUCGAAAAAGUGUUCUUCCAAGGUGGUCUCGGGUGUUUCCGGCCGUCUCUCGCUCUUCGGAUCAAUAAUUUUAUAGGUAAACGAAACGUGCGAAUUUGAUUACGCCCACCGCCCGCAGCGCUUCUAAAUUUGUUGACCACCUGUUCCGAUGUUCGAACAUGUCUCUUCCUCGUAACCAUUUGCAAACGUUUAAUCGUUAAGAGUGUAGUAAUGAUAAGCUGUGGUCUUGUUGCGGUCGUAAUUAAUAGAGGUUCUUGAACUUCAGGAGACACGCGAUUGGUUGCUGCGAACAUUUUUGCGGUCUCUGGUUGUGUCGGUGGGCGGCCUCUGAAUACGCACAGACAAAAAACCUUUUUCAUUUAAUAUAACCUAACCUGUGACCUAUGACCCGAGUGUCUAUUUCCACACGCGAAUCAAUCGGUAUCGAGAUGAGUUAACAGCACCUGCACAAAGUGACGCACAGCGAGACGGCACCAUGAGAUCAGAGGCCAACAACAACUAGAUGCAAAUGUGUUUGAAUGAAUGGCAGAGGCAGAGGAAUAAUAAUCAAUAGUGACACAAUAGAAGUGAAACAUGACCAUGGAAAGCAACCAGACCACUGGCAGCCCCAGCUCCAAGCUGACCCAGAAGAAGAGCAUCAAGAAGUUCCUGCUGCCAUCGAAGGCACCCAACAAGGUUGGCAUAGUGAUCACCAGAACGCAGAGCACCAGGAAGCAUUACGAAAAACUGGAUAUUGAGGAGAACCUACCAAAAAGUCCCAUCAUUGUAUCCAGAAGACCUCUCAGUCUGGACAUGGCCAACAUCAACAGUGACUCUGAUAAUGGGGCCCUAUCACUUGCUGGCAAACCUUUCCUAUCACCUGAUUUGGAGGAACAUCGCCUGCAGGUGAACGGGGAAUUUAAUCAAUUGCGAAGAUGCAGCAGCGUGGAAGAUACGAGCUUAAGGUCUGAUUUGGAUGAGAGUAAAUUGAGCGAAAGAUGCAUGUCCCAUGACACGGUAUUAAAGGAGGGAGUCACGGUAAAUAGGUCAAGUUCCAGCGCGAACAGUCUGGCGAAGAAGGCUUUGAUGGCAGCGCAAGUUCUUCAUUUGAUACCUACGAAUAAGGCGAGGCAGAGGAAUUUUCUGCAGGGCAGGAUUGGAACCAAUGCGCUGCUGGGUAGCAAAGAACUGGAAAAGACAUUGCCGAGGAGGGAGAUUCAUAUUUUUGUCGGUACUUGGAACAUGAACGGACAAAAUCCACCCAAGGAAUUGAAUGAUUUCGUGUUGCCAAUUAGCAUGGAACACGUGCCGGAUGUUUUAGUUUUCGGAACUCAAGAGUCUUGUUCGGAGAGGUACGAAUGGGAGUCCAGUCUGCAGGAAACCAUAGGUCCAUCUCAUGUGCUCUUUCAUUCCGUUUCGUUGGGCACUCUGCACAUCGCAGUUUUCCUACGCAGAGAUCUGAUCUGGUAUUCUUCGGUGCCGGAGGAGUCUUGCAUAUCGGUGCGACCUGGUAGCGCCUUCAAGACCAAAGGUGCCGUAGCUUCGGCCUUCAUGAUCUUCGGAACGUCAUUCCUCUUCGUCAACACCCACUUGACUGCGCACCAGGAGAAGGUAAAGGAACGAGUCUCGGACGUCAAGAAAAUCGUCUUCUCGAUGGAUUUACCGAAGAAUAUUCCUUGCAAGAAUAAGAGCAAAGAUGUAACACAAAAUUUCGAUUACGUCUUCUGGAACGGCGAUUUGAAUUUUCGACUUGCUACACCAAGGGCUAAAGUACUGGAAUGGUUGUCUCACACGAGUUUUCCUCUUCCACCACAUUUACCGCACGGGUAUCUGCAUCAUGAUCAACUGUGCUCCGUUCUAACGGACGGAGCUGCUUUCAGGGGAUUUAUGGAAGCCAACAUCACUUUUCCACCUACAUAUAAAUAUGAUCCGGGAACGCAAAACUUUGAUACUUCUUCUAAGCAAAGAGCUCCAGCUUACACCGAUCGCAUCCUCUUCAAGCAUCGUCAGACUAGAAGGUUGAGCAGUCAACCGGAUACUCCACCGCUCAGUUGCUUGGAAUACGAUUCGGUUCCAUCCAUAACUACAUCCGAUCAUAAACCUGUUUGGGGUGUUUUCAGGGCACACGUCAGACCUGGAAUUGACACAAUGCCUCUGAAUGCCGGCCUCUUCAACAGGGACAUCUAUUUGGAGGGGAUCAAGCGUAGGGCCAUGGCCCAUCACGCAAAGGACGAUAACAUGGUAUGUGUACUGCAGUAACUUGGGUUGCUUUCUUUUUAGGAGUCCGAUAUUUUCGUUGUAGAAAAUGUUCUUCUCAUUUCAUUGUCACAACACUUUUAUUUCUCGUCCUCUUUACAUUUGUAUUAGGUGUUUGAGUAUGUGCGUGAAUGAUGGUUAUCUGGUAUAACAGAUGGGCACAAGAUAAAAAGCUCAAAAUGAGAAUUUCUAUUUUAGUACCUGUAGUCUAGUCAACAACAGAACAAAGCUGAAACCAUAAUAUUUGGAGUAUUUACAACUUAUUAUCUUUAUAUAUAUAUUAGUUUUACAUUUCUUUGUAGCUUCAAUACUCAGUGGAAGAAACUUCUAGUCGAAACG